ACUUAGCACUGCCAUUGACACUUAUAACUGCCAUUGACACUUAUAACUGCCAUUGACACUUAUAACUGCCAUUGACACUUAUAACUGCCAUUGACACUUAUAACUACCAUUGACACUUAUAACUGCCAUUGACACUUAUAACUGUCAUUGACACUUAUAACUACCAUUGACACUUAUAACUGUCAUUGACACUUAGCGCGGCUUGAGAUGACUCCGUACUUGCGUACAGCGGUUUUCCUACUACUUUUUUGUACGUGGAAAGCAGUACGGGAAGAGGUAAAAAUGUGUUUGCUUUAUGUCCCGUCAUAAUGGCAGAACCAAGCUACCUCCCUUCUCACGACCUACCACGGGAUGAAGUUAUAGAGGCAUAUUUUAGAUUGGGUUUUCAAUAUUAGGAAAUUAUUGGUUUCCUUGGUCGUUUACAUGGCAUAUCUAUUAGCUUAAGACAGUUGAAAAGAAUUCUCAAAGCGAAACAUUUAAGAAAAAUCGGUAAACAUAGUCAAGCCCAUGACGUUGUAGAUGCUGUAGAGACCGAACUCCAAGGAAGCGGCAGUUACAUCGGUUACCGGUCAAUGCACCGAAGGCUUGUUAUUGAUUAUGGACUAAGAGUAGACCAAGAAACAGUAAGAAGAGUUUUAAAAGCACUUGAUCCUGAAGGUGUUAACAGACGCUCAAAGCAUAGACUGAAAAGGCGUCAAUACCGAGCGAAAGGCCCUGACUAUAUCUGGCACUUAGACGGCUACGAUAAGUUGAAACCAUUUGGUUUUUGUAUACACGGAACAAUUGACGGAUACAGCCGUCGUAUUCUUUGGCUCAAGGUUGGUGUCACAAAUAACGAUCCUUAUGUCAUAGCCACCUAUUUUAUCAAUUACGUUUACAAACAUGGGAAUAGAGCAACUGUUAUCCGUGGGGAUUGUGGAAGUGAACAUACACAUAUUGCUCAAAUACAAAGGUAUUUAAGAGCCGAUCAUGGGGAUUCAUUAUCUUAUGAGAAAAGUUUUCUGUACGGACGCUCUGUCUCUAAUCAGCGAAUCGAGGCAUGGUGGAGCUUCCUACGAAAAACAGAGAAGAAUUGGUGGAUGAAUUUCUUUAAAGAUCUGAGGGAUCAAGGACAAUAUUGUGACAACGAUACAGUCCAGGUUGAGUGCCUGAAAUUUUGUUUUAUGCAGUUGAUUCAAGAUGAAUUAGAUCGUGUGUCUAUGCACUGGAACCUACACAGAAUCAGGCCAUGCAUUAACCAAGAAACACCACCUGGUCGCACAGACGUACUCUAUUAUUUGCCAGAACUUAAUGACUUUAAUAGGCGCUGUCGUAAGGAAGUUUGUUUGGAUGAUGUGAAAGAUAUCCUGCAUGUGUUACAGAAUCACGAUAACCCUAGUGUCACGCUAACCCUAGUGUCACGCAACCCUAGUGUCACGAUAACCCUAGUGUCACGCUAACCCUAGUGUCACGCUAACCUUAGUGUCACGAUAACCCUAGUGUCACGCUAACCCUAGUGUCACGAUAACCCUAGUGUCACGAUAACCCUAGUGUCACGAUAACCCUAGUGUCACGCUAACCC